AUGGCUCAAAUGGCUCCCGCUCUGACCGAGGCGAGCGCGUCUCCGGAGUCCUCAAGAAAGAAUUCUGUGGAUCGUCACUGUUCAUCAACUGUACAAGAGGAACUUAAGCAAGAAAGUGCUGGGCUUGCUUUGGAUUUGAAGCUAGUUUCACAGAACGGUCUUGUACGAUUGAUAAGUGACAAUAACAUUGCAGACAUUACAAAUACUAUCAAGCCUUCGGCGCAGAACACACCCAUAGUUUCACGACUCAGCGAAGAAAUUAAAGGCAAAAUUGAAAUGCCAAACGGACAUUGUGAUGAUAGCCUUGAAAAAAGUGCCGCGACAAAGCCGUCGAGUAACUCUUCUGACAGAGAAGAAAAGCGAAACUCGUCCCCUGAUCUUUCACGAGCCACAUGUGCUUCAACGGCGAAGACUUCGGCUGGUACAUGUAAUACUGUUUGCGAAAAGGAAGAGAGUAAUCGAGUUUCGCAGCAUCCAGUAGCAAAUUUUGAUUCUGGAAAGGCCUUAAUUUCUCAAAGAACUUCACAAGCCUUUCGACGUCAAGCAAAGCUUGAAGGAAGGGCGAGAAAAAUUGAGACGCGCCUUCGCAAACUACAAGCGCGGCAACUUGGUGACCAUGUGCUUCAACAAUUGGAAAAUUUGGCGGAAAAGCGUUGUGUAACUCGCGAUUCCUCUUCAACUAAUCUCGAACCAGGUGGAAAUUUAGGAGUAAAAGGUAUUCCCGAAAGUAAAAGUGUGUCAAAUAUUUGUCCGGAACUGAAGGCAGAUCGACUUCAUAACAAACCGCCGAUGCCUGGAAAUUUUGCAAGUCGGAUGAAGAACAACAACGCAACGACGGUGGACAUCGCAAUAAAAGAACUGGAGCGGAUUUCUGCUGAGUCAUUUGGCUCUGACGAAGGAAACGUUUUAGUGGAUUUCAAACAAUUUGGUAAAAAAUCGAAGGCUGUUAGUGCUGUGGAAAGUUGGAGUUCACAAUGCGAAUUUUUGGAGAGCAUCGAUGAUUCGGACGCGACUGAAGCGAGUUCCGGGGAAGAAAGCGAAGAUGAAGGAGAAUCGAGGAAAACGAAACUACGCAGCAAACGGUGAGUAGAGAUGUGUUCACCCUGACGUAAGUUUGUGCUUGAUGCGAAAGGGAAAUAAAAUUUUAUCAUUUUGCUAAUUGAUCGUGGGAGCUGAGAGUCUUUCAUCGACUCCCACGAAAUACUCUCUUCUUUUCUUAUUCAUUGGAUUGGUGGCGUAUUUAUGAAAUUUUGGUUGACAUAUCUGCGGCUUUGUUCAGUUUUCAUUUAAACUUUAUAUACGAAAGGGAUUUUUCUUUCUCAAAAUUCGAUGUGUGUGUUAAAUUUGUGCAAGAUGUGGAUAACAUUUUAAAUUUCCCUCGCGCUAAAUUUACAAGAGUGAAACACGCACAAAAUACCAUCGACGUUGAAACGCGGAAUACCAAUGUUUUUAUUUCCACUACUUGCAUUUUAAACCUCUAGGUUAUAUAACAUAGCCUGAGUAAAAUGAUCACAACGAGUAAACCAGUGGUCUAGUAUUUUUCCGUGUUGGGGAUUAUAUGUUGUUGUGAUGUCGGGCGAUAGUUGCGCCAAUUUAAUUUCCCUGACUUGGCAUUUCAUAUUCAUUUAGUGUUUUGGGAGUUCUGCUAUUGAGAUGUACAAAACCGACUCAUUUGACCGGCGCUGCUAGAUAGUUCGAUUUGAAUGUGGCAAGAAGGAAACCUUAUUUUUUGUUUCUUGCUAUAAGUUUGUUUAUUUUCAAUUUUCUGUGCUGUGCUGCGGGAAUUUGCAUAUAUGUCGUGAAUGCUAAAAAAGGAAAUUUAAAUUUUUGAGAAUAUAGUUUUCUUAAACUCCUUUCCAUUGUCAGCCGUCUCAUAGAUGUAGGCUCUUUAUUGCCUUGAAGCCGCAUUAACCCGUCAGGCAAUAUGUAUUUCUUAAAUGUGAAAUUGUUGAUUUGUCGUUUUUGCUUGUCUUAAAAUUGUAUUACACUUUUUAUCAUGGAAUCAUUCCUUUGUACCUGGUAAAUAUUUGAAGUCUUGGUUUAUAUGACAGAAAAAUAAAUUAUUUAUGUUUUAAGUAUUUUUGUUCUACUAGGAGAUUUAGAGUUGUUAAAUAGUGUCCAGUCUUACUUUUUACAACUUUUAACCAUUUGAGUUGGAGAGAUGUUUAUAUUGAAAUAUCAAAUAUAUUUGCCACCCCUGUCUUCUUUAGUAUGUGGUUGUAUUGAAAUUGUUUUAAAUAUUUGCAAGAAAUUUGUUGUCUUGUACACACUUAAGUUCUAACAAUUUGCACCUUAGUUUUGUGAUUUAUGUUGAAUAACUUUUCAGGGCAACAAUUGCUUAAAUUCUCUUUAAUAUGAAGCAUCAUUAGCUAUCCACAACAGAACGGUCUCAAUUCACCGGUCAACCGUGUUGUUGAGUAUUGUGUGAAUGUGCUAUUAAUGGCAGGGAAAUUCCAACUGUUCUUCUAAGAUGUAUAGUGUCUUGUCAUGGUAUAAUAUAAAAAAAGUAAUAGUAAUAAUUACUACCAUUAAUCAUCUUUUUAAUGAUCUAUACCUUGUGUUCUAAUUAUCUUAAUAUUUUUAUGCAAGUUAUUUUAUUAUUUUUCUCAAAGUGUGAUUCUUUGACUUGCAGUCUAGAAUAUGAUAUUGAAUUAAGUGGUACUUUUGUGGUAUUGUACGUGUUAAACUUAAGCAAAGGACUUGCUUGAUAUAAUUAACUUGAAUGUUCAUAGGUAGCCUUUAAGAAAUUGAUGGUUAAUUGGAGCAGAUUUAGAUAUUUGUUAUGAAGAUGGUUGAUCAUUUUUGCUUUUCUUUUAGUGUUAAAGUGUUAAGGAGGCAGUUUCAAAUGGAAGAAGGAGUAAUUGCAUCGCACUGGUCUUGGCUGCAGUCCCAAAUCAUAAAUUUGGAACGUCAGAUCCGACGAUAUGAUGAUCUUUAUAAAGGAGGAAGAUUGAGAAAGGGGACAGUAAAACUUCAAGCUUGCACCCCAAAUGUGAGCUUGGUGAGAAGUGCUACUGACAUUGAUGGAAAUGGUAUUGUAAAGGGAUUAAGAGACAAUGCACUGUCAGUACCACCUUCCCUGGAUAUUAACAACUCUAAACACUUGACAGACUUGAAUAAGAAAGAUUCAUUCAGGGAUUCAGAUAAUCACUUGUUAAACGGGGUCAAGCGAGGCCUGCUUGACAGUUCUUUAUUGAACAGUGAGGAUGUGCCAACGAAGCGAUAUCGAACAGCCCUUGGAGCAAAUGAUUCAACAGACAAUAAGCUUUUUUCUUCUUUGCCAUCCACUUCAAAUGAUGUUUUUCCUCAAUGCGCUAGAACUAGAGGAGUGUAUAUGAUCAGGAAACGUCGUCUGGUACAUUUAUCUCACAUUCGUCAUAACAAGCCCAAACCACUUUCACUGCUCUGUGGAUGUGUUACCCCAACAACUCCUUGUUUGAUUUGUUCAAAGUCUUCAAGAACAUUACCAGUGGUUAGGCCCAGUCANAAUAAGCUUUUUUCUUCUUUGCCAUCCACUUCAAAUGAUGUUUUUCCUCAAUGCGCUAGAACUAGAGGAGUGUAUAUGAUCAGGAAACGUCGUCUGGUACAUUUAUCUCACAUUCGUCAUAACAAGCCCAAGCCACUUUCACUGCUCUGUGGAUGUGUUACCCCAACAACUCCUUGUUUGAUUUGUUCAAAGUCUUCAAGAACAUUACCAGUGGUUAGGCCCAGUCAGACUAUGCCAGAAAAAGUUGCCUCCCUGGAUGCCUCUUUCCAUCCAGUGCUCUCAUUCUGUACAGGUAAACCAGGGUUUUUACAAUUUCUUGGAUAUUAUUUUUUAUUAUGAUCCUAGAACCCAGAGGGUCUUAUACCCAUCCUGGUGACAGAUUGACGUCUAAUGAUUCUGUACAACUUCAAAUCUGUGAUUUGUCUUUUAAAUCUUCCUGCUUUGGUAGUAAUCAACCUUUGCUAUAGUAACCAAGUAGGGAUUCAGCUAAGGAAAAGCUAAGCAGGGUUUUUUAUUAGUCAAGCUGGCUUUUUUAACUCAACUGCACCUUCAAAUUUACCCCAUCUCUUUGUUUUCCAGAGUAGAUUGAGCCAGUGGUAAGUUCUUUUUUCCAGUCAAAUUAACUGGCAGCCGGCUCUUAGUGACAUCCCUUAUAAGGGCUAGAGAUUGCCUUUAUACAGUUACUUAAAACUAUUAUUUUGAAUUGUCUAUAUUUCCCACAUCAUUGUCACCAAACCUUUAGAGAAUCGUCCAAGAUGAAAGGAUGUUAAGUAAGAAAGUAUAAUCCUUUGGCUUAUGUUUGAGAGUGGUGUUGAAUUGUCACAAACAAAUUGUUAGGAAUUACACUAAUUGCCACAGCCUCAAAACCAAAUGAAACAUGAACUUUUGUUUCUAAGAAAACAAAAUAUUUCUACUCUCAACACCUGUAGAUUAGGAAUAGUAUGCUACACUGAGUAGUGUGAUAAAGUUAUUGUUGGUACGUUUUCAGACAUCCCUCUUCAGUUGCAUUUUGGAGCGUUAUUAAAGAGGGGUGGCUUUGAGAAGAGGACCAAACCACAGACAUUGAAGGCUGCUUCUCAAGUUGUGGAAAAGAAGUAAGUUUAACCUCUCCUUACUACAAUUGGUUUACAGUACUUUCGAAACCUAUUCAAUUUGUCCCCAGUUUUUUGUGUAUUUUUACCUAGUUUUUUAACUCAUUCACCCCUGGAAAUUUGCGUUUUAAAGCAAGUCGAGCAGUUUUCUGGCCACUGUUGUGCUAUAAAGAGCUAAAACUUACCAUAAAGCCAUUUACAGGACGUGCACUUUGCAGCCUUCUGAUCCAGAUACAAACUAUUACUUGCAAAGUUCAGGCAUGUGCAGACAGCAAAAUUGACAGUUUUGGGUUUAAAAGUGACACAGCAGUCUUUACCCCUCUUUUUUCGCUUUUCUUGUCUGAUAUAAGUCAUCAAAAUAAGCAAGGCUUUGAAGGCAAAAAGCUCCGCGGGACGGAUUUCACUACGUUUCAACAAAAUGUGUGCCAGACUAUGGCCUACUCGGCGAGUUAGAAGCAAAGAUUCUUACUGUUUUAUUACCUCUAUUUUCGCGUUUAUUUCGCUUGUUAUCCUCCAGAAUCAUCCAAAAUAAUUUGCUUGACUUGUAUUUGGUCGAAAUUCGUCGAUAAAAGCUUUCAUUCUUGGCAAAAGCCGCGACAAAAUUCUUCCUGACGGAAGCGCCAUUUUCACUAGAUUUGAAAAAAUCGUUGCGUGAAGCUCAAAACUCCCCAGGGCCUGGAACUUGGCAUAUAAUUGGCUAAAUCUAUUGACUUCCUGUGGGCCAAAUUUGGAGGCAAUCGGAAGUAACACAAUUUUUUGCGAGUGUUGGUUGCGUCAUCGACCAAAGGUGGUCGAAAUGUUCACGUUCGGUACAAAGGUGCCCUUGACGAUUAAAACUGAUGACGUUACAAGCGGUAGAGGGACAUGGAUCCACACGGGCGGUUACGGGCAGUUCAGGGAUGAAUGAGUUAAAUUCUUCACUUAUUCACUCAUUUAGGUCAACAAGAAAAAUUCCAUAUUUGUUUUUAUCAAUAGCUAAACAAACAAACAUUAAUUUAUAGCAUGUGUUAGGCCUGUUUUGUGGCUUAAAAUAUGAAAUGAGGAUAAGUUAAAACCUGUACCAGUUUACCGGGCAGCAAAUUUUAAGUAAUUGUUGAGGCACUUAGGAAUGGGAGUUCCCCACCCUCUCCCCUUUUCUCUCCCACUUAUUUUGUUUUGAUUUGUGUUUCUCCAUUUUUACACCUUGUGUGGUUUGGAAAAGAAAAAAUGUUAUGCUAUCUGAACCAUGUUGUCUAGUCUUGGCUAUGAAGUACUUGUUGCAACCAGUUAAUUAAAUCAAGCCUACUUAAUAUGCUUGUAUGCAUAAAAGUUUGUUUCAAGUAACAGAUAAAACACAAUUUCAAUGGACGUUUUAGUUGUUGUCUUCACCUUUUGCACAUUAUUAUAGAUAGAAUCUGCAGUAGAAUUGCACCUCAAGCAUUUUUGCACUCCACCCUUUUCCUCCAAUUUCAUUUUGCACAAAGUUGUUCUCUCAACAUUUUACUGGUUGUUAAAGUCUAUCAGGACUGUUGUCAUUCAAAUUUUGAGUGCCAUAUAACAGUUGUUUUGUCUCUAACAAAUUUAUAUAUGAUUGAAAUCCAGUCAUGAGACUUUCUGUUGAUAACAAGUAUCCUUCAUUUAUACAGACACCAGCAGAUUAACAUAAAGAUGGCUGUUAUCGCUAAAAAUAGUGCUAUUGUUUACUCAGCUUUCAAAACAGCUUUAAAGUUAAUGUUUGCCUCAGUUUUUAGUUUCCUAAGUUGAUUUUUUUUAUGUGAUAUUUAGUCAGCAGAUCAGGAAAAAGUCUAGUUAUUUACCUCCACCGUGUUAACUAUAAAAAGCAGCCAAUCUGUUAUGGUAAUUUGUCAUGGUAACAAUGUCAUUGUGUUAAAAAUGGAUAUCAAAAGGCUUGAAACAAAUGCUGACCAUUGGACCAUAGAUCUGCUGUAAUUUCUUACUCACCAACUAUACAUUGCUAGUGUCCCUGAUAGAAGUAAUUAUUGUUAUCAGGUCUCUUGCUAGAGGCUGGCUUGCCUAGGUUUUUAUCAUGGUUGAAAUUAAUAUUCGUAAUAUUUCAAUUAACACAGGAAACCACCUGUGGUAGCUAAAGCAGGAAAAAGGCGUUCACAGCUUGCCAAAGGCGCUGCUGAAAUAAGCUUUUUUCUUCUUUGCCAUCCACUUCAAAUGAUGUUUUUCCUCAAUGCGCUAGAACUAGAGGAGUGUAUAUGAUCAGGAAACGUCGUCUGGUACAUUUAUCUCACAUUCGUCAUAACAAGCCCAAACCACUUUCACUGCUCUGUGGAUGUGUUACCCCAACAACUCCUUGUUUGAUUUGUUCAAAGUCUUCAAGAACAUUACCAGUGGUUAGGCCCAGUCAGACUACGCCAGAAAAAGUUGCCUCUCUGGAUGCCUCUUUCCAUCCAGUGCUCUCAUUCUGUACAGGUAAACCAGGGUUUUAACAAUUUCGUGGAUAUUAUUUUUUAUUAUGAUCCUAGAACCCAGGGGGUCUUAUACCCAUCCUGGAGAGAGAUUGAUGUCUAAUGGCUCUGUAAAACUUCAAAUCUGUGAUUUGCCUUUUAAAUUUUCCUGUUUUGGUGGCAGUGGUAAGUUCUUUUUCCAGUCAAAUUAACUGGCAGCGGGCUCUUAGUGACAUUCCUUACAAGGGCUAGGGAUUGCCUUUAUACAGUUACUUAAAACUAUCAUUUUGAAUUGUCUAUAUUUCCAACAUCAUUUUCACCAAACCUUUAGAGAAUAGCCCAAGAUGAAAGGAUGUAAAGUAAGAAAGUAAAAUCCUUUGGCUUAUGUUUGAGAGUGGUGUUGAAUUGUCACAAACAAAUUGUUAGGAAUCACACUAAUUGCCACAGCCUCAACAACCAAAUGAAACAUGAACUUUUGUUUCUAAGAAAACAAAAUAUUUCUACUCUCAACACCUGUAGAUUAGGAAUAGUAACACUGAGUAGUGUCAUAACUCUAUUGUUGGUGUGUUUUCAGACAUCCCUCUUCAGUUGCAUUUUGGAGCGUUAUUAAAGAGGGGUGGCUUUGAGAAGAGGACCAAACCACAGAUGUUGAAGGCUGCUUCUCAAGUUGUGGAAAAGAAGUAAGUUUAACCUCUCCUUACUACAAUCGGUUUACAGUCCUUUCGAAACCUAUUCAAUUUGUCCCCAGUUUUUUUGUGUAUUUGUACCUAGUUUUUAAACACAUUUGCCCCUGGAAAUUUGCGUUUUGACGCAAGUCGAGGAGUUUUCUGGCCACUGUCGUGCUAUAAAGAGCUAAAACUUGCCAUAAAGCCAUUUACAGGUCGUGCACUCUGCAGCCUUCUGAUCCAGAUACAAACUGUUAGCUUGCAAAGUUCAGCCAUGUGCAGACAGCAAAAUUUAAAGUUUUGGGGUUUAAAAGUGAUGCAGCUGUCGUUACUUUUACUUUUUGCUUUCUCUCCACCCAUCUUUUUUCGCUUCUUUUGUCUCAUUUUUUUUUCUUCUGCUGUCCAUUUAGUAGGCUUCAUUUUGGUGGGAAACGUUUUAAGUAAAGAUUUUAGGAUCUUAGGAUUAGAUGAUAGGAAAGGUAGGUGGGUAGUGGAACAAGAUUUUCAUGGAAGUUUUCAGGUCAAUGUUACAUGUUUUUUUGCCUUUUUCUCCGGUGUCCUUGACCUGAAUAGUGCUCAUUCUGGUAUGGUUUGAAAGAUUUUUUCACUCUGCACAAUUAAGGGGACAAAGUUGUCAUUUACAAGCGGUAGAAGGGAUGUGGAUCUACACAGGCGGUUACGGGCAGUUCAGGGAUGAAUGAGUUAAAUUGCUUCACUUAUUCACUCGUUUAGGUCAACAAGAGAAGUUCCAUAUUUGUUUUUAUUAAUAGCUAAACAAACAAACAUUAAUUUAUAGCAUGUGUUGGGCCUGUUUUGUGGCUUAAAAUAUAAAAUGAGGAUGAGUUUAAACCUGUACCAGUUUACUGGGCAGCAAAUUUUAAGUAGUUGUUGGGGCACUUAGGAAUGGGAGUUCCCCACCCUCUCUCCUUUCCCUUCCCACUUAUUUUAUUUUGAUUUGUGUUUUUCCAUUUUUAUACCUUGUGUACUUUGGAAAAGAAAAAAUGCUAUGCUAUCUGAACCAUGUUGUCUAGUCUUGGCUGUGAAGUACUUGUUGCAACCAGUUAAUUAAAUCAAGCCUACUUAAUAUGCUCAUAUGCAUAAAAGUUUGUUUCAAGUAACCGAUAAAACACAAUUUCAGUGGACAUUUUAGUUGUUGUUUUCACCUUUUGCACAUUAUUAUAGAUAGAAUCUGCAGUAGAAUUGCUCCUCAAGCAUUUUUGCACUUCACCCUUUUCCUCCAAUUUCAUUUUGCACAAAGUUGUUCUUUCAAUAUUUUACUGGUUGUUAAAGUCUAUCAGGACUGUUGUCAUUCAAAUUGUGAGUGCCAUAUAACAGUUGUUUUGUCUCUAACAAAUUUAUAUAUGAUUGAAAUCCAGUCAUGAGACUUUCUGUUGAUAACAAGUAUCCUUCACUUAUACAGACACCAGCAGAUUAGCAUAAAGAUGGCUGUCAUCGCUUAAAAUAGUGCUAUUGUUUACUCAGCUUUCAAAACAGCUUUAAAGUUAAUGUUUGCCUCAGUUUCUAGUUCCUAAGUUGAUUUUUUUUAAUGUGAUAUUUAGUCAGCAGAUCAGGAAAAAGUCUAGUUAUUUACCUCCACCGUGUUUACUAUAAAAAGCAGCCAAUCUGUUAUGGUAAUUUGUCAUGGUAACAAUGUCAUUGUGUUAAAAAUGGAUAUCAAAAGGCUUGAAACAAAUGCUGACCAUUGGACCAUAGAUCUGCUGUACUUUCUUACUCACCAACUAUACAUUGCUAGUGUCCCUGAUAGAAGUAAUUAUUGUUAUCAGGUCUCUUACUAGAGGCUGGCUUGCCUAGGUUUUUAUCAUGGUUGAAAUUAAUAUUCGUAAUAUUUCAAUUAACACAGGAAACCACCUGUGGUAGCUAAAGCAGGAAAAAGGCGUUCACAGCUUGCCAAAGGCGCUGCUGCUUCUUUAUUGUCCUCUGCAAGUAAGUGCACAAACUUACUAUGCUAUUUUUGAAGUUUAUUCAGCUGUCUUGAAUUUAGAAACAUUUACUUCCUUGUUAUUUAAAUAUUCCUUGUCUUUGAAUUUUAAUUACAGGUCAUUAUAAUAUUACAGCUUAUUGUUUCAGAGGCAUAUUUGACAUUUUCUUAAUCUUAGGGGACUUCAUAGCUUUGUGGUUGGAUACCUUUUUUUACUCAAUGAAAAGUUUCAGUGCCACUUUGGAGAUUUCCUUGCAGUUUUGAGGUUUGAAUUUUUUUCUAUAAUUUUUUCCCACCACAGAACAUCACAAUCAAAAGUAUGAGAGAAAACGAAACUACUCUGUAACGUCCACUCCAAAGAUUUCAUCAAGAAGUGCUGCUGAAAACAGGGUUGGUCAGUCUGAUGGUCCAAGGAAGAAGCGAGCUGCAGCCAUAAGUGCUGGUAAGAAAACAGAUAUCAGUAAUUAAAACAGUCAUUGUGUAGUAUAAACCUGAAAAAAUCUGGAGUAAGCAGGAGAGGCCUUAAAAAUGCAAUUAGGGAAACCUCAGGGUGCACCAAAACCUAAGUCCGAUUGUCCCGGACAGAUAGAAAUUUAGUUCGGACAUGUAAACCUUUGACAUGACUUGUCAGGGGUACAAGCUCAUUUUUAUUAAGAAAAAACACAAGACCAGUUGAAAAUUGACUUCAAAUUCCAGUAGAGUUAUAAUUUAUUUAUCUUGUUGGUCGUAAAAGCAAACCUCAUGCUGGACGAAAGAAGGUUAAUUAUUCCUUUUAACUUCGCCAUUCUGUGGCCAUUUCUUUUGUUUUUACCAGCUCCAUCUGGCUUUAGUAACCAGGCCUUUCAAGAUGUUAGUCAUUCCUGCUAUAAAGAUUGUGCAUGAUAUUUAUUUAGGUUUAAGCCAAGAACAAUUUACAAGGCUAAUAAUGCGAUUAAAAAUAUUACAUGCCUGAUUGUUUGUGAGUUUUUAGUUUUGAGCAAAGUGUUUUGAACAAGAACUUUUGGGUUUCGGACAACAAAAUUUGAUGUAAUGCUUGUCCGAAGGACAAGUGGAUAAGAAAAUCAUUGUCAUACUCUGAAACGUGUGUGUUUUAUUUCAGUAGUUUCAAUAUCCUAAAUAUUGUGGUCUAAUCAUUUCAGUCAUUUUAGUGUAAAAUUUCCUUUUCACAGUAGACAAACAAGAGGAGAGCAUAAGUUUAAAAUAGUUGUAGUCAAGUGUUUUAGACUUGAUAAUGCACAAACUAAGAGUAUACUUGCAACUUCAAAAACUUCUAAUGCCUAUCUAUUUGUUCUUAGCUAAGAAAAUUAAGUUUUAAAUGCUGCCAUGUCUAUAUCAGAUAUAAAUACAACCAUUGAUUUCCUUUUGUAUUUUCUUUUAUAAAAUUUAAAUGAGUUGUUUUCCAUCACCAAACUAACUCGGGGAUGACACUUGAGCUUUGCUUGUAUCUUUUCAUAAUCUCCUAUUUUAAAGGUUAAGUUUGCACGCCAGAAAGUAAAAAGGCGUUGAAACAAUUAUUGCAAAAAGGAUAGAUUAUCGAGUUAGUCAAGGUGGUUCUUACAGUCACCUCAUUGCUUUGGUCCUGAAGAAGACAAAAUGUUGUACAUCACUUUUUUGUAACAGACACCUUGCUCUCUUUCCUGUUUUGUAUAUACUUUUGUUGUGAUUUUUGUCUACUGAUCACCUAUUGGUUCUAAGAUGUUGUGCUAGAACCAAGUAUUAGCUCGUCAUAGUAGAAUAUUAUUAUUAUCUGAAGAAAGCAUUUUGGUGCCAGGUGACUUAUCAUUACUAAGUAAGUUAUUAUUUUAAUUCUCAUUCAGCUGCCCAGCUGCAGAAGCGUGCAAGGAGUUUGUCAUUGCCGACUGUGGGUUCUACCCCAUCUACUCCAACAUCCACUCCUAGCCCUACGCCAAACCUGACCCAGUCUUUGCCACCAAAUAGUUUAUCUUCAUUGUUAAAGAAGAAGAGAGGAAGCAAUGCAUUUGACAUUAACAACAUUGUCAUUCCUUACUCCAUGGCUUCAUCGACCAGAGUUGAGAAACUUCAAUACAAGGAGAUACCAACUCCAAGUUGGCGAGUCAAUGAUGUAGCUGAAGUCGAUGAUGUUAAGGUGGAGGUUGGUAUAUUGCUCUUUAUCAAUGACUACUUUGUAAGGUUGCACCAGUGAAUGGUUGAUGUCACUAUUGAAACCAGGCAGUUUAAUGUUUUUCUCUUGUGCUGUCACCCUAGUUCCUUACUAUCUCGUAUUGCUUGUAAAUUAUGUGGUUACUCACUUGUGAAAAGAAAUAUUGCUUGUGGUUUGCUGUCAGUAUGAAUGAAGGUACCACAGCCGUUUUAUGGCCCUCAAAUUUAAAUGCCAUUAACAGUAAGUUUUGGGAAACUUACCUCGAACUACCAAUAAUGUCCUUAAAAAUUUUAUUACCUUAUUCUUGCGGUCUGGUAAUCUCCACUAAAAUAUAAUCUGAAAUAAUCAGCACAUAAAAGCAACAACUACAACAUAAUUAUGUAACAAACAAGAGUAAUUUAGAGCAAAGCACAUGAGAAAAAACAAAGUAUUAUGAGGUGUUUAAGGCCUGACAAAAAAAGAGAAUUAGCUUUUCCCUGGAAUCCUGUGAAAUUAUCUGUUAGGUUGGGCAAUAGGUAGAGAGUUUUACUGUUUUCAGUCCAAACGUGUGUAAGGUCAUUCGUAACCAGUGCCAUUUUUUCCAGGUGGAAGAGCAAUGUGAAAAGGACAGCAGCGAGGAUACAUCAGAUGAGUUGUAUGUCUCUAGGCAUGCGUUUUGUGAGGAGCAUGAACGCAAACGGUUCUUAGGAAUUAUAAAGAAGAAAAGAAAACGAACAUCACGACAGAGCAGUGAAAUAAGCAAUCCUGAUCCACCAUCUCCGCUGACUUAUCCAGACAGUCAAGGAGGCACUCCCCCAGGAACACCUACAAUCACACCCACAGCAGGGGGGUCACUGCCUGUCACCCUUGCCUCUGCUCCCCCACCUCCCUCCACCUCAGCUUUGUCCCCUUCUGGCACUACCACACCCACUUCUGCCAUGCAUUCAUUUCAUCGCUCACUUUCAGACUCCAAGCUUGCACAUCGCAGAUCUUCUUCCACAGAUAGAUCAGAAAAAUCCGUUUUUGAUGAAGAACUCUGGCCACCAGUGCCACCAUGGCCAGAAAGAAAUUUUCCACUAUCAGACACUGAUUUUACAGCGCUCAAGCUUCCAACACCGCUGCCGACACCUGCUUCUUCAUUACCUGCUUCUCCUUCAGCAUCCUCUCCUGGUAGCCCCAUGUGCUCACCCCUGGCAAGUCCAGCUUCUGACGCCAGCAGCGAAAAGAAUGAGUGGACUGUCAAGCUCGUUACAGACCAGGGACCUGGUUCUGGCAGUGAUUCUGGUGGGCCUCCCAGAAAAGGAAUAGUUCUUAAAUUAGCAAAAAGAUAAAAGAGUUUGAAAAUGAAAAUUUGUGAAAGUAGGUUAAUGGUUUCCCAACCUGUCUGCUUUCUUUGGUUAUCAAGAAAGGGCACUGAUGAUAUUAUUUGUAAAUAAGUCCUGUUUAAUUGUGGUGUUCGUAAUUUUGUGUACUGGCGUAGUGAAGUUACUUGCACAUAUUAUUGGCAGGUUAAGAGAGACUGCUCCAUCAUGGAGUGGUGUUGUUUUGUUGUGAAGAGUUUAACUCUUAAUUCAUCAAUUCAGCGUGAUACCAGUUUAGUUAUUCUUUGCUGCCCUUUCUUGACGCAGGCGUAGUUGCGUGUUGAAUAGCCUGCGAGCAAACUCUCCAUUUGGAAGAGUUGGGAGAAGUUGCGCGAGUGCGAGAGGCGGCUUAGCUGUUCCCUCGCGCGUUCCCUCGCGACUUGCUUCGCCCUCCAUCACUGGAUAGCUUGCUCGCAGGCUACGUGUUGAACUACGGUGUUCUGAAAGUGUACAAGGUUUGACGUCAACAGAACACUGAGCGAUAUUACAGGAAUAACAAAAAGCACUUAAAAGAUUUGGAAAAAAAAGGGAUUAAAAGUAUAAUGCAUGAACAUUGUACGUAAGCAUUCUUUCAUCAAAGAGAGAGUUUCUUCAUGAGCCACGUUUGUAAAUAACCCAUGUAUCUGCGCUCAAAUAACACUUGUAUUUUAUGAGUUUUAACAUCGUGUAC